UGUUUUCAAAAUGGCGGCAGCGAUGGAUGUGGAUACCCCCAGCGGCACCAACAGCUGCGCGGGCAAGAAGCACUUUGAAGUGAAAAAGUGGAAUGCCGUAGCCCUCUGGGCCUGGGAUAUUGUAGUUGAUAACUGUGCCAUCUGCAGGAACCACAUUAUGGAUCUUUGCAUUGAAUGUCAGGCCAACCAGGCGUCUGCCACUUCUGAAGAGUGUACUGUUGUGUGGGGAGUCUGUAAUCAUGCUUUCCAUUUCCACUGCAUCUCUCGAUGGCUCAAAACGAGGCAGGUGUGUCCAUUGGACAACAGAGAGUGGGAAUUCCAAAAGUAUGGGCACUAGAAAAGACGCUCCCUAAAGCUUACCCGUGUGUUACUUGUGUAGCGACUCACCUUCCUGUUAAUUAUAAAUUAGAUAGAACUA